AUGCUGAAAUAUAUAAAUAUCCGGAAAAAUGGAAGUGGUUCAGAAGAUAAUGUGGAAAAUAAAAUGAAAAUAGUAAAUUACUCAAUUGAAGAAAUGAGAGUAAAAAUGGAAGAAGCUCAAAAAAAAUAUUUUGGUUAUAAAAAUUUAAAACAUUUUCAAAUUGAAGCUGUACAUGCUGUAUUUCACAAAAAAGAUAGUUUUUUAGUUAUGGCAACUGGUAUGGGAAAAUCAUUAUGUUAUCAAAUACCAUCUAUAAUGGAUGAAUAUAAAAAUAAAUUAACAAUAGUUAUAUCUCCAUUAAUAUCAUUAAUGAAAGAUCAAGUAGAUAAUUUAAAUAGGAAAAAAAUAUCAUCUGUAUUUUUAGGAAGUGGACAAAAAAAAAAUAACCAAAAAAUAUUAUCUGAAAUAAAACAAGGAUUAUAUAAUAUUGUUUAUUGUAGCCCUGAAUAUGCAUUAAAUAAUAAAAAUUUAUUUAUGUUAUUAAAAAAUAAAAUAUUAUUAGUAGCAAUUGAUGAGGUACAUUGUAUGUCUGAAUGGGGUCAUGAUUUUAGACCCUCUUAUAGAAAGCUAAAUGAAUUAAGAACAAUUUUAAAUGACAUUCCAUUUAUGUGUUUAACUGCUACAUGUACUAAAGCAGUUCAAAGUGAUAUUCUCAAAAAUUUAAAUUUUAGUUUAAAUAAAUGUUUAAUAAAAAGAAGUAGUGUUAACAAAACUAAUAUAUUUUAUAAGGUCCUUGAAAAAACAGAUAUAUAUGAUGAUUUAAAAAAUAUUUUAGAUAUUCCUCCAUAUAAAUCUAAUGAACGUACUAGGAAAUUUAUAGACAACUCUAAAAUAUGUCCAUAUAAUUCAACAUUGAUUUAUGUUAAUUCAAAAAAAGAUUGUGAAAAUAUUUAUAAUUUUUUACAUGAACGUGGUUUAUUAGUAAAAAUGUAUCAUGCUGAUUUAUCAAAUGAAGAAAAAAGAGAAGCUCAUGAAAUGUUUUUAAAAGAUGAAAUACAGAUAGUUAUUGCUACAGUUGCUUUUGGAAUGGGUAUAGAUAAACCAGAUAUUCGAAGAAUUAUACAUUAUGGGUUUUCAAGAUCUUUAGAAGCAUAUGUACAACAAGUUGGUAGAGCAGGGAGAGAUGGAGGAGAUGCUGAAGCUAUAUUAUUUUUUCAUAUAAAUGAAGAGUCUAAAUCAAAAAAUUUAAUUUUAAGAGAAAAUGUAGCAAAUCAUAUGAUGGAAAAAAAUUUUAAAAGGGUUCAACAUAUUAUUAACAUGUUUACACAAUCAUCAGAUUAUGCUUAUUCUACAAUUUGUCGAAGAAAAAAAAUUUAUGACUAUUUUGAUGAGCAUCCUAUAAAAUCAUUAGAUAUAAAUAUAUUUGAUAAUGUAAACAAUAAAGGUGUAUGUUUUUACAUUCAGAAAUAUGAUAUGUUUUUAUGUUAUAAAUGUGAUAAUUGUGCUUAUUAUAUAAAUGCUAUAAAAAAAAAUAAAAAAAUUUUGGAAAAAAAAAUUAGUAUCACAAAUGGGGCUAACGGAAAAAAUGAAAACGAUUUUAUUUCCAUUCCAAAUAAAAUCGAAGAUUCAGUUUUUAGCUUAACUAAUGAAAUAGAUGAUACAAAUAAAAUGUAUAAAUAUGAAAAUGUUAUAUGUAUAAAUGAAAAUAAAGAUGAGAGAGAAGGAGGAAUGAUCUCACUUUUAUCAGUACCAAAUAUUUUAGAUAAUAUUUCAGAUUUAACAAACGAAUUAAAAAUAUUAUUAAAUUGUGUAACUUCUUUGAAUGGUAAAACAGGAAUAUCAACAAUAUGUAAAAUAUUAAUUAAAAGUUCUGAAUCUAAUAUUAUAAAAAAAGGAUAUCAUAAUAUAAAAGAAUAUGGGGAAGGAAAACAUAAAUCAGCUGCUUGGUGGUCUGCUUUUAUAAAAGUUUGUAGAAACGAUCAAUUUGUAGAAGAGCUUCUAAAUUAUUCUAAUGAUAUGGGCUAUAUAAGUAUUGGAAUUACAAAAAAAGGAGAAAAUUUUAUAAAUAGCGAUCGAAAAUAUAUAAUUCCACUACCCUUCUUUUUAUCAGACAAUGUAAUGCAUGAAAAAAAAAAAAAAGGCGCAAAAAACGGUGCAAAAAGGGGUGGGAAAAACGGUGCAAAAAACGGUGCAAAAGGUGGUGGAAAAAAUGGUGGAAAAAAUGGCGAAUUUAAUUAUUCUGACUAUGAUCAAAAAAAUUCAACAUUUGAGACUUCGGAAAAUAACAAAGAUGAUCAUACCACAUUUAAUGUUGGGUCAUAUUCUGUAAAAAAUAAAUCGAAAUAUAUUAAAGAAGAUUCAAAUAUCGAAAGACAUAUUUCUAGUACUAUAAAUAUAGAUGCAUUUAAAUAUAAAGAAGGAGAGGAUAAUCCAAUUAUUUUAAAAAAUGAAAAAAAUAAAAAUGGAAUAAUAAAUUUAUCAGAAAAUAAAUAUGAAUAUUUUAAUAUUAAUAAAAAUAAAUUUGUUAGAGAAAGUGAAUAUAAAGAAAUAAAAUUAACAGAUGAUCAAAUUAAAGAAUCAUUAAUGAGAAUUUUAUUAAGAACCCGAAUGUUAGAAGCAAGAAAUCAAAAUAUUCCACCUUUUCAAUUAAUAUCUGAUCAACCAUUAAAAGAUAUAUGUAACAAAAGAAUAACACAAGUGCAUCUAAUUCGAAAACAUGUAUAUAACAUUUCACCUAUAUGUUCAAAUACCUUUUUAGAAAAAUUAGCAUCUGGAAUUAGAGGCUUUUGUUUAUUACAUGAUUUGGAUACAAACAUAAAUUUGAUAAAUGAAAAUAAUGAUAGAAAAGGUGAGUCUGGAUAUAGAAUGGGUCUAAAUGAUCGUGGUAGUACAUCUGAAUUCGGAUCAACAAGAGUGUCUAACUUGACAUCUGUCACUAAUUUGUUAGAAUCGUUUACUUAUGAUAAUAACAAUGAUAAUGAUAAAAAUGGACAUUCAGAAAUUUCAAAAUUUGAGAAUUCUGAAUAUAUAUCAAAUAAUCAAAUGAAUUAUAAUAAAGCAAAUUAUAUUAGAAAAAAUGAAUCAUAUGAUCAUAGAAGUUCCAAAUUUAACAAUUUUAAUGCUUCGAAUAUUCGAGCAACUGCUUCUAUAAAUGAGCCCGCGAGUGGUUUUAGAACCCAUGAAAAUGGUAGACCCCAUGAAAAUAGUAGAACCCAUGAAAAUGGUAGAGCCCAUGAAAAUAGAACUCGUAUGAAUACCAUCAAUUAUAAUGCUUUAGACCAAUUCAAGUAUCGAGAAGAAGAAGCAAAACCGGCAUCUAUGUAUAGAACCCCUGAUAGCAAUUUUGAUAGCAAAUUUAAUCACAAUUUUGAUAGCAAAUUUAAUGACAAUUUUGAUAAAACACUGGGAAAGCUUGGUAAAUCUGAUAUAUAUACUAACGUUUCGAACAAUAAGUUAGAAAGAAAUAAACAAACGUGUCAUAAGGACAUGAACAAAUUGACUAAUAAUGAUAGAGCAUAUGGUGAAUUUAAUUUUGAUAAAAAUAAAUCAAAUAAUUUACAACAAGAACAAAAUGAGAUAUUUAAACAAAAAUUAAAUGAAUUUGCAUCUAAUGAUUUUCCAUUUAUAAAUCAAGUUUACCAAUUUGAUAAGGAUACAAAAAUAAACAAGAUAAAUAAAGAAUCAAAAAAAGAUAAAUUAAAUUUUUCAGAUUUUGUAUAUAAUGAUAAUACUUCAAAUAAUAAUAAAAUUAGUUUUGAGUCACGAAAUAAAAAUAUAUAUUGUGAAAAUAGCACCGAUAAUAGAAAAAAUAAUAAUUUUGAUAAUCUCGACCCAAAAAAAGAAAAUAAUAUUCCUUUUAUAAAAGAUAUAGAAAUCAAUAAAUUUGAUGGUAACUUAGUUGAAGUUGGAUACGAAAAAAAAAAAAAAUUUAAUUUAAUAGAAUCAUUUGCAUAUGAUGAUAAACAAAAUUAUGAACAAGAUGCAUUUUUGCAUCAAACAAAUAUGAACGAUGUGCAAUCGUUUAGGGAAUUAAAAAAAAGGAAGCUUUAA